AGAUCAACUGGACAUGAGCAAAGGAUCUCGGCAGGGGAAGCCUGAAUGUGACACAAGAGCCAGGACUUGCACGGCGCCCUGGGAAGGAAGAUGUCCAACUGGACCACUGUAACCGAGUUCCUCCUCCUGGGCUUCUCGGACACUCGGGAGCUGCAGAUCUUGCACUUUGUCAUCUUUCUGGCAGCGUACCUGGCAGCUCUGGUGGGGAACCUCCUUGUCCUCACUGUUGUAACUACAGACCACCACCUCCACAGCCCCAUGUACUACUUUUUGGCAAAUUUGUCCAUCCUUGACCUUGGGACCAUCUCCGUCAUUGUCCCCAAGUCCAUGACCAAUUCUCUCUUAAACACAAGGACAAUUUCCUAUGCUGGAUGUGUGUCCCAGGUCUUUCUCUUCUUUCUCUUUUAUGCAGCCGAUCUUGCAUUCCUCACCAUCAUGGCAUAUGACCGGUACGUUGCCAUCUGCAAGCCACUGCAUUAUGAUAUAAUAAUGAACAGGAGAGCUUGCAUCCAGAUGGCUGCCGGUGCUUGGGCUGCUGGUGCCAUCAACUCUGCAAUGCACACUGGGAACACCUUUAGUCUCCCCUUCUGCCACUCAAAUAUCAUCAACCAGUUCUUCUGUGAAAUACCCCAGCUGCUCAAGCUCUCCUGCUCUGACGCAUACCGCAGGGAGCUGGCAGCUCUUGCUUUCAGUGUGUUUCUAGCUUUAGCCUGUUUUGUUUUCAUCGUUGUGUCAUAUUUUCAGAUCUUCACCGCAGUGUGGAGAAUCCCCUUGGAGCAGGGCCGGCAGAAAGCCUUCUCCACCUGCAUUCCCCAUCUUAUCGUGGUCUCCCUGCUUCUUUGUACUGGUGUUUUUGCCUACACGAAGCCCGUCUCUGACUCCCCGUCCCCUCUGGAUCUCCUGGCAGCUGUUCUGUAUUCUGUGGUGCCUCCAUUGAUGAAUCCGGUCAUCUACAGCAUGAGGAACAGGGAGAUCCAAGCUGCCCUCAAGCAACUGCUCCACAGGCUGAUCCGCUCCAGGAACAAUAUGUCCAUCUUUCUUUCAUGACUUUCCUUCUCUUAUAUUUUUCUUUUCUAAUUUACACAUGAAAUUAGUCUUUUUUCAUAGUAUUUUGUGAAAAUUGCAUUUAAAAAAUGAAGGUGGUAGGUUAAUUCUGUAACUUUGUAAGGUCAAAGACUUGGUUUUUGUCAUUUUGGUUGACAGUGUUGGAGUGGGAAAGUAAUGUUUCAUGCAUCAAUUUUACUGUCUUUGCACCAUCUAAAAUAUAUCCCAUCAAGUGCAAGAUAAUGAAGAAUUAAAGAGUUUUGUUUACUAA